UGUCUAACCGCGCAGAUUACCAUCACCGAAACUGCCUUUCUAGAUCUUACAUGUUGCUGGAUUUCUUCAAAACCUUUCCUACCCUUUAAGACAUCCACACUGCAUCCGCCGUUGUACUUACUGUGUAGGACCCGUAGCGUGCAACGCUCAUCAACAUGGAAGAACGUGCGGGCAUUCCCGUUGGACCUCCCGUUACUGACCCUCUUCCUUCGUACUGGCACAACCCUAAAUCACCUUUUGCGAAUGUUAUCGAACCUGAAACUGACACAUCGACGGAACCAUACGAUUUUGCGAUCAUCGGUUCAGGUAUCUCAGGAACUAUGAUCGCGCAUUUCCUUCUCAAAUCUCAACCUCACGCGCGCAUCGUCAUGCUCGAAGCUCGCGAGAUCUGCAGCGGAGCUACGGGUCGCAAUGGCGGACACACGAAGGCUGCAAGCUAUCGUAGCUACAUGCAGCACGUGCAAGAACUGGGGAAAGAGGAAGCGUUGAAGAUUGCGCGUCUUGAGUACGCCAACAUCACCGAGACGCAUCGACUCGCCGAAGAGAUGGGAAUCAACUGUGAGAGCAUGCUCUGUAAUACAGUUGACGUAAUCUACGAUCAUACAACCUUCGACCUAGGAAAGGCUGCUAUUCAAGCAUUACGAGCAGACGCAACAGAAGAAGAGAGAGAUAAGGGGAAGAUGGCAUGGUAUCAGGUAUACGAAAAGAAUGAAGACCUAGAAAGGAGGUUCUUUAUUGCCUCGAAGAAUGGAAACGCAGAAGUGGCGGAAAAAGAAGACCUAGCAGGCGUGUUCAAGUACUUGGCGGGCCGUAUACACGCGUAUCGCUUCACCACAGGCGUGCUGAAAGGAUGUGUCGAGAAUGGACUACAACUGUGCACAAGUACGCCUGUCCACAAUAUACGCACAUCGCCAAAAGGCACCGAUGACGAGCGACCCAUGUGGGAUGUCUUCACGCAAUACAACACCAUCACCGCACGAAGUGUUAUUCUUGCAACCAACGGCUAUACGCCAUAUCUUAUGAAAGACCUACAAGGCGCCAUAGUCCCGAUGCGCGGCCAGAUUACGGCACAGCAACCAGGAAAAGCCUCGAAGCUCACGAGUCCUCUCCCGACCACAUACUCGUUCAUUUAUCGCGACGGCUACGAAUACAUGAUUCCGCGUUCGCUUCCCAACGGAGAACAACACAUUAUUAUAGGCGGCGGAUUAUGUCGUCUUCCACACGCGGGCGCAAGCGAAUAUGGCACAGUCAAUGACAGCUCCUUGAAUUCCCAGAUUUCCAAAUAUCUUCACGAGAGCUUGACGGGAUACUUUGGUGCUGAUAACUGGGGCGAGACUUCUGACGAGGAGAUAUCAGGACGGGUCGUACAAGAAUGGACGGGUAUCAUGGGCGCGACGGCAGAUGGACGGCCAUUUGUUGGUGAAGUACCGUAUAAAAAGGGCAUGUGGAUCUCUGCUGGGUUCAACGGGCAUGGCAUGGUGCUGUGUCUGAAGUCGGCGGAGGCACUGGCUGGUAUGAUUGACCAAGGUUCUUUUCAUGAGAAGCCAGAUUGGUUCCCGGAAAGCUUCCUGAUAACCGAAGAGAGACUGAAGAAGUGCAGUUUCCGUGGAAGAACAGAUAUGCGAGUCCCUAUCUAGAAUUGAGUAUCGUCUCGGGAGAUCAGCUGCAUCCCCAACUGCCUGAAGGCCUCACCCAUCUCGUGCCCCGUGAUCUGUCGAGCGAGUCUGCUAUCAUCCCGACCUGCCUGCCCUCGCAUCAACUGAUCCCGAACCUCGAUCAAAGUCAUGUAAGCCGUUUCAACUUUCCACAAUGCAUACUCCGUGUAGAAGGACAACCGGCAUUUCAAUUGCAGACGACAACAAUGAUCCCUCGUAGUAACCUCCUGAUUCGAUAUGAAGAGCUGCCACUUGUUGGCUGCAAGUGGUCCAAGUAUGUGCUCGACAUCAACCCGUCUACGGCCCUGGUUCGUGUAGUGGAGUGAAGCCGAGGUGUUCUCGAUAUCCUUAAAUAUAGCAAGAAGUGGCUCGGAAGAAUGGAUGAAACUGGC